ACAAAUGAUUCAUGAUAUCUUCGACAUUACUAAGCACGAGUGUGGGUCCAACUCGUUGAACUGUUAGCUAGGACUUGUCUUYGUUUUUUAAGUAGUGUAGGUGUCAUUUGACACAUCCUGUCAUUGAUAGAAGCAUUAUGUCAUGGUUCGAAAGAUAUUGAAAUCAAGUUGUAUUUCCGUAUCGACACUGAGUACAUAUCAGUACAACCUCAAUUUUAGCUGGUCCUAUUGAUUCAUCAAUGGAUUCCGAAAACUGCGAACAGACAGCAUCGUCAACUUUUGAAAUAAUUACAGAAAAAGACCGUAGAAGGUUCUCUCGCCAAGAUCUGAUCAAGAAGUCCAAAUAUAUCCUUUUGUUUACGUGUUUGCUGCUAGUUGUGGCGGGAAUAACAGUUGCGCUCGUUUUCUUCUUGCCAAGAAAAGCCAGCGAUUCACAAACGGUACCGAAAGAGGGAGAGUCGACUUCCAACAAGACCGAUAAGGGGAGCAACGCAAAUCAACUCUUUGAUAAUUUUCUUACCAAGGUCCACGAUGCCUACUAUGAAAUUUAUCUUGACGAAAUAUUCAUCAAACAAAAUGUUACGAAUGACGAAAUUCGUGAAAACUUUCGUCCAUUUGAUUUCAGUCCAGCUGCUUUGAAAAGAGCAGCCGACACUGCAAYGCAAUUGAGAUCAGAGCUGGAUUCAUUGUUGACAGACGAAAGCGAAGCUUCCCUAACACAAAGGGAACUCAGGGCUUUGUAUGAAGCUAGAACAUUUCUCAGAUAUCUCCGGGGUCCGUACGAUACAAUGUACUAUACUGGUGACUGGAUGCUUGGACCAAAUACCAUGGCCUGGCAGCCUAUCGGUACCUCAUUAACGUUUCUUGGAAUUGCGGCAAAAUAUUACCUACAGCCAAGGAGCGUGGAAGAAGCUGAAAAGUUCAUAGAGCUUCUGAGACAGCAAAGGGCAAGUAYAGUACAGUAUAUGGAGAACAUGAAAAUUGGUGUGAAAGCGGGUAUGGUGCGGAAUAUUGAGGCAUGCAGAGGUGGACUACUUCGAUUCAAGAGUCGAUUCCAUCCGGAUUUUGGAGGUAAUUUGGAAAGCAUCGGUGUAACAAAUUCGUUCUUCAAGGACUUCACUAACGAGAUGGAAAAAGAAUGGGUCGCAAAACACGGGRAAAACUUUACUACAUCUUUAAAAGAAGCAGCAGACCGUUAURUUGGAAAACCACUCAGUGAGUUGAUCAGAUACAUGGAAACAGAACAUGUGCAACACUGCGUUCCAAGUAAUGUUUCCAGUGGCCUGGCUAGUCUACCCCUGACCCAUGUCUACCUGAAUGGGUCCCAAGACCUCUCUCAGCCGACGCAUCCUUAUUUGCCAUCAGGGGAACGGCUGAAUGGCAGCAACUCGUUUGUGAAACUUUUACCAUAUUUUACCACCAAURAAAUAACUCCAAAGGAAAUCAAAGAAUUGGGAGAGGCUAAGCUAAAGGARCUUUAUGGAAAGGCUUUGACACUAGCAAGACAARUGACCAAUGAAACUAACACGAGCAUGGCCGUGAAAAAAUUCCGUGCUUUACUAACACAUCGAUCGCAAUACUUUAACAACAAGUCGUUCCCGUCGAAUGAGUCCAUAGAAAAUGCUUAUCUCAAAUGCUUCGAUGACGCCAGUGCUCAACUACACUGUCCCGAGAGGUGGGAAGCGUUUACAAAAUGGAAAGAAUCAACCACAUCGAUCAACAAGAUUUUGCAUGAAAAAAUAAAACCACUGUUUUAUACUCACGGAAAAAAGAAAACAACUUUAUCGAACGCGUGUACAAUAGAAGUACAACCAAACUUUAAUCCAUGUAGCAGCUAYCACAACUACCAAGGUAAAGGUUGUGGCAUCCACUUUCUACCUUUCUUUGUGGAUAAUUAUGGACCCAAGUUUUCAGAUUGGACAACAACAGCUCAUGAGACAGAGCCUGGACAUGACUUAGAGGUCAGAGGCUAUGAAAAGAACUUUCGAGGCAAUACCAAGGACAACAUCGAGUGGUUGACCCAAAAUACGUAUUUUUCUGGAUUCAGUGAAGGUUGGGCAACGUAUUCAGAAAGUCCAUUGGUUGGUGAAGAUGUUGAUGCGUAUCGGGAUGAUUUAAUGAGCAAGUAUGGYAUGCUGCAGCAGGAGAUAAUCGCCGCUUUACGCCUUAUCAYAGAAACAGGCCUGCAUUACUAUGGAAUGACCCGCACRGAAGCGCUCAAGCUUUUCGAUGAUUACGCAUGGGACACCAGUGAUAUUGCGCAAAAGGAAAUCACUCGAUACCAGAGYCUACCAGGGCAUUCAGUAAGCUAUAUGGUAGGGCAGACCGCAUUAAUGAAGGCUAGAAAGUUUGCUGAGAAAGAACUUGGAUYUAACUUCACUUUACCAGAGUUCCACUAUCAGGUCUUACACCAAGGGGAACUGACUCUAGAUUAUCUAGAUAGGUAUAUCCACCAUUAUGUAGCGUGUGUUAAGAGUAACAAGGAUCCUAAAGGUCAAGAAUGUAAUGACGUAGUAGGUUAAAAAUAGCGUUACCAAAUAGUCAGAAAAGCGAAAACAGAUAGCAAAUGUUGAGUAGAAACUUACUAUGGUUCUUGAAUACCCAAAAGUGCUGGUCACUGAUGUUAUGUAGACUCUGUUUAGGAAUUAACUUGAAUCCAUUUUAGGAAGGGAUCGUUAGAAAAGCUAUGGCAGAACAGACAUUUGAACAAAAAGGGUCAUGCACAUUAUUCCUAUUGAUGGUUUUCACAGCCACCAUGUUGGAURAAUUUAACAAAAGAUCUGUCAUUAGUCUCUUUUGUUAUAUCUUCUCAUACUCAUUGAUAAUUCAUGAGUAAACAAGCCAAUCAAUGGGCUAUUUUUGGGUCACAUGAUGUUACUUGAAACAUGGUGCUGGAGAGUGAGAGGAAUGCAUUCAGUCUGGAGUAACUGGAACAAAAUUAAUUCAGUCGUAGUAACUGGAACAAAAUUAAUUUAGUCCUAGGACUGMAUUAAUUUUGUUCCAGUUACUCCAAGUCGAAUAAUUAAUUAGAUGAGAAGUCAUUUCAAAGCCUCCAAUAUCGGACUGGACGGGAUUUCAAGUCCGCGCAAUUAGAUCCAGUCCUCGGCUGCGCCUCKGACUGGAACUAAUUGCUUUGAAUUGUCGGCUUUGAAAUAUUACAUCCAACAUGACCGCCGUGUCUUUCGUCAUUUCACUCUCUUAGGAAUGAUUGAAAACCAGCAAUUGAGAGUUGUUGAAAUAUCGGGGGGGGGAGGGGGGGAAGGAUUUGUUGAGGUUGAUGAGGAGCAGCAGCCCUCAUGGGGAAUCCUGGAUACACCUCUGAUGGUCCUUCGUAUGUGCCCUUCCCAUUCCAAAUAACUAUGACCUUGACAUUUACGUCUACCGCGUGUAAAAAGGUACUAUCUUCUAUUGAUUUCUGGAACCACAGGUAUAAACGUUUUAGUUGACCAAUAUGGAUAAGGUAGAGGAACUUGUGAAUUGCUUUUGUUGAAAUAUGCAAACUUACGCCAAAGUGUUGCAAUAUUGUACAUAAUUGCAUCAUAUUCUUGAGCAUGGUAUUACUCCAUUAUUGUGUGCAAAGGAGGUUUUAUUCUAUUUCAUAUAUUUUUAUGAUACGUAAAUUUUCACUAAGAGGAUAGGGCUGAGCCCGUUUUGCUUCAGACUCAAUCUUUCGUUAUCAAAAGUUUCGACAGAAUUACUUCAGAUGUAGAUUUUUAAAAACUUGCUUAAAAAGCUUUGCAACAGAACAUAUUGUAUUUUCUUCCGGUCUAAAACUCGUGCGUUCUUAUUGGCUGCACAAAUGGGCGGUAUUUCCUAUCUCGCGGGCGGUAUUUUCUAUCUCUGUCCGCGGUCCGGUAUCCUAACGUAAGGCUCACCUCAUCCAUCGGCCUAACAGUCUCGGUACGUAUUGAAGACCUCGGGCAGAGUUUUUCCAUAUCCGGACCUCCUGGCCGGUAAAAAAAAAAACACGUAUACGUAUAACCGGCUUGUUACCCUAAUGUCUGUUAUAUAGUAGCCUGCGUGGGGACGCUCUAGGGGAUUUAGCUAUAUGGCGGAUGUUGUUUUAUAUUAAUUAAAAUUUGUGUGACUUUU